UGUUGGAGCUAGAUCAGCAAAUUUACAGCUGUGCCAUACAGAUUGCAAAAUAUUUUCGAUGCACCAAUUCCAAGGCACAUGGUUUAAGAACUGAUACACAAAACAACGCUGGAUUCAAAACGUAGCAUUUUUCUACUUAAAUUUGAUACAAAAUUCUUGCAACCAAUAGAAUGUUAGGGGAAAGUGGUAGGGUUAAGGAAAAAUAUAUAUAUUUCAAAUAAUAUAUAGUUAUACAAAACAUAUAAUAUUGGAAAUGAUGCAGACAAUUACAUUGAUUGUGGUUUCUAUCUAGUUCCAAUAUUAAAGCUGACCCCACCCAAAAAAAAUAAAAAAUAAAUACCGGGGUUGUUUUAAAGGGCUCUUCAUUUAAUAUAACAAACAAAUGUAAUAUUGGUGCACAAUUCCUACUUAAAAAAAGAAACUACUCUAUUCGUGGAAUGACCCACAGAUUGAUAACCCAUCUACAUACAUACACAAGCCUCAGUCAUGCCAUAAAACAAGUGACGUAGAGGACUGCGGGUAUGAGUGCAAGCCUUCUCAGUCGUGAACGUGUUAAUAGUCAGCCGGAGAGGAAAAGUUCACUGUCCAAGUUACGUAGUACUACUGAUGAAGACAUUAUAUUAGCUUCCUUUUUGGUGUCCAAAACACGCUACAGGGAUGGACCGACUGCUAAAUAAAUUUCGAAUCAAGAGUAGCCUUGCCAGAGAGUGUUUGGCUGAGUGCCUGGGGGUCUACAUCAUGAUUCUGUUUGGAUGUGGCUCCGUUGCCCAGGUAACAACAUCUGAAAACAGUAACGGUCACUACCUGUCAAUCAAUCUGGGUUUUGCUCUGGGAACCACCUUUGGAGUCUAUGUUUCCCGUGGGGUGUCAGGUGCUCACCUGAACCCUGCAGUGUCUCUCAGCCUCUGCUUUCUGGGCAGGCAUCCUUGGACACGCCUGCCUUUCUACGUCUUGUUCCAGAUUCUGGGGGCCUUUAUGGCUGCUGCCACCGUAGCCUUGCAGUACUAUGAUGCUAUACAGUUGUACAGCGGUGGUCACCUGACCGUGAGUGGUCCCAAAGCCACAGCAGGCAUCUUCUCCACAUACCCUGCUGACUACCUGAGCCUGUGGGGGGGCAUCAUGGACCAGGUGGUUGGCACGGCUGCUCUCAUGGUGUGUAUCCUGGCUCUGGGGGACAGCAGGAACAGCCCGGCGCCUGCAGGUCUGCAGCCGGUGCUGGUGGGGGCUGUGGUGUUGGUGAUCGGAGUCUCCAUGGGCUCCAACAGCGGCUACGCCCUGAACCCAGCCAGAGACAUUGGGCCUAGACUGUUCACAUACAUUGCUGGCUGGGGGGAUGAGGUGUUUAAGGCGGGACGUGGUUGGUGGUGGGUGCCUUUAGUGGCCACUUGUGCCGGCGCUCUGGUAGGCACACUAAUCUACGAGCUCCUCAUUGAGGUCCACCAUCCAGAGAAGGGGCUCAUCUCAGAGUCCUCAGCCCAAGGACAGGCCACUGAGAGCAGGCAGGCAGUGGAGCUACAUCCAGAAAAAAAAGACCCUAAGGAUGGACUUGAUGGAACCAUCAUGUGAAAUGGGAGAAUCUAAUAGUGGGAUAUAUAUAGGACUACACUCUUUGCAAGACACUUGUGUAUGUGUCACAAUUAUAAACAGAGGAAUGAUUAUCUAUCUGUAUAAAAUACUGUAGUUGUAAAUGUGCCUAAAUUAAAAAUACAAUACUAUCCCUAAACAGUUAUAUAAAGCUUCUUCAAUGACUGGACAGAAGUAAAGGCUUGAUAGAGCAAAGUUCUCCCGUACACAUUUAUUUUGAAACGGCACAUAAAAUGUAUGGCAAUUCAGCACACAGACCACAAUACAGAUGGAAAAUAAAAGCGGAAUCAUUAUUUAUCUAUAGUGCCUUCGGAAAGUAUUCAGACCCCUUCCCUUUUUCCACAUUUUAUGUUACAGCCUUAUUCUAAAAUGGAUUAAAUAAAAACUUUUCCUCAAUCUACACACAUUUUUGCUAAUAUCUAAAAAAUAAACAUACCUUAGUUACAUAAGUAUUCAGACCCUUUGCUGUGAGACUCGAAAUUGAGCUCAGGUG